AUGGAUUCAUCCCUCUCCGACGCCGACACGCCGCUCCUCCGCCGUGGCCAGUGGUGGCGCAGUCAGCUCCGCCUCAAAACAAACCUAUUCUCCGAAAUGUCCGGCGCCGUCGGCGACCUAGGCACCUUCAUCCCAAUCGUCUUAACUCUCACCCUCGUCUCCCACCUCGACCUCUCCACAACCUUAAUCUUCACCGCCCUCUACAACAUCCUCACCGGCCUCCUCUUCGGCGUCCCCAUGCCCGUCCAGCCCAUGAAAUCCAUCGCCGCCGUCGCCGUCUCCGAGACCCCUCACCUCACCCCUUCCCAGAUAGCCACCGCCGGGCUCUCCACCGCUGCCACUCUCUUCAUCCUCGGAUCCACCGGCCUCAUGUCCUUGCUAUACCGCUACCUCCCUCUCCCCGUCGUCCGCGGCGUCCAGCUCUCCCAGGGCCUCUCCUUCGCCUUCUCCGCCGUCAAGUACAUCCAAUUCAGUCAAGAUUUCGUCGCCUCCAAAUCCACCACCGCCAGGUCCUGGCUCGGCCUCGAUGGACUGAUUCUCGCCCUCUCCGCCCUCCUCUUCCUCGUCCUCACCACCGGCUCCGGCUCCGACGGCGGCUGCGGCUCCAGCACUUCCAGCGGUGAGACCAGAUCUCGCCGCCGGGUCGCGAAUCGGAUCCGGAUCCUCUCCGCAAUCCCCGCCGCGCUGAUCGUGUUCCUACUCGGAUUAGUCCUCUGCUUCAUCCGGGACCCGGGGAUCUUCUCCAACCUGAAAUUCGGUCCGUCCCCGAUCCGAUUGCUGACAAUCACAUGGGACGAUUGGAAAAUUGGGUUCCUAAAAGGCGCGAUCCCCCAGAUCCCCUUGUCAAUUCUCAACUCCGUAAUCGCCGUCUGCAAACUCUCCACUGACCUUUUCCCCGACAGGGACUUAUCGGCGGCGAGGGUUUCAAUCUCCGUGGGAGUGAUGAACUUCGUCGGGUGCUGGUUCGGAGCCAUGCCGGUGUGCCACGGCGCCGGCGGGCUGGCAGGGCAGUACAGGUUCGGAGCGAGGAGCGGGCUGUCGGUGGUGAUUCUGGGAUUGGGGAAAUUGGUGAUUGGGCUGGUGUUCGGGAGCUCGUUUGUGACGAUUCUGAAUCAGUUCCCGAUCGGGAUUCUGGGGGUGCUGCUGCUGUUUGCAGGGAUCGAGUUGGCGAUGGCGUCCAGGGACAUGAACACCAAGGAGGAUUCGUUCGUGAUGCUGGUAUGUGCGGCGAUUUCUUUGACUGGGUCCAGCGCUGCUUUGGGGUUCGUCUGUGGGAUUGUGCUGUUUCUAUUGCUCAAGCUCAGAAGCUGGGAUUGCUUUCUCAAGCCUAAUGCUGGGGAAGACGAAGAUGAAAACUCGUGUGCGGUUGCUUAG